AUGCUUAUCUUCCUGGCAUUGCUACCCUCUGCGUAUGCCUACUCUUUCACCUUCAACAGCGUUCCGGCCCAGUGCCAGGACCUCCAGAUAGAAAUCUCAGGUGGUGCAGGACAGCCCCCUUAUAGCGUGCUCAUCAUCCCUUUCGGACCGUCGCCUCUCCCCAAUAAUGUUGAGGUCAGGACAAUUUUCGAAGUUCCGUUCAAUAGCUCCUCGACAUCGUUCCAAUUGAAGUAUCCUGCAAAUUCCGAGUUUGUGGCGGUGGUCAGUGAUAGCUCAGGGUUCGGCACGGGUGGAACAAGUGUCGCGGCAACUGUACAGUCCAGCAGCGACUCGAGCUGCUUCAACGCCACGCAAAAUGUCUCUCCCGAUUUCGUGUUCAGCAUCGUCCCCUCGAACCAACUCGUGCAAUGUACGCCUACGCGGAUAUGGUGGGACCCUUCAACAGUGCAGGGGACCCCACAAUUCCAUGGCGUGAUUCCCGGCGGGCAGUCAUUCGCCAUCCCCGAAGGUUCACUGACGACCGUGGCGAACGAGGGGCUCGGCUUCUCCUGGACGCCCUCCGUGCGGACGGGCACGACGCUCCUGCUUCUCGGCGGCGACAAUCGUGGUCCCGGCACCGGUGGCAGCGGGUUCUAUAUUAUGUCACAAGGAGAUAGUAAUACCUGCCUCAACUCGACAUCGCCUUCGUCAACGCCCGGCUCGCCUGCAGGCGGAAGCUAUCCGACAAGUACCAACGGGGCAAGCACAGGCGGCGGUGGUUCUGGCGGCUCUCACAACCACACCGGGGCCAUAGUUGGUGGCGUGAUCGGCGGCAUAGCAGGUGUCGUGCUCAUCCUCGCAGCACUCUGGUUCUUCCAUCGGCGCCAGCAGACGCAGCAGACACAGAAAGAACGGUCAGUCGACCUCUUGCAGGACCACGACCACGACCAAGACCAAGACGAUGGGCAGCUGCCGCAAUACUACCGGCCCGAGCCGUUCCUGCUUCCAGAGCCGACGAUCAUCUCGAGCGCAGGCGCGUUUGAGGACGGCGACGAAGCCACCAGCAUGAGCGGGGGCGCGCGGGGGAGCAUGGACCGCCGCCCAAUGCGGUUGUCACAGACGACGAUGUCGAUGUCGGAGGCGGGCCUGUUGCGCCCGGCGACGCCCUCGGCGAGCGCGACGACCAACACGCGCAAGACGCCACACCCGCCAACCCUGCGCCCUGUCAACAUCAUCCAGCAUGAUGAUGCGGGACCGCCACCGCCGCCCGGGGAGCAACACGCGGAGGAGCCGGAGACCAUCGAGCUUCCGCCCGCGUACACGAAUAUCCGCCGUGCGCAGCCGCCACCGCCCCCAGAGGAAACAGACUGA